AUGUUCCUGAAUGAGUCGGUGGGUGGUGAACGCCAAGAGGGCUUCCAGCUGGGUGGGGGGAAGCUGCGGAGUGAGGAAUCACGGUGGUUGAGGUGCCUCCCGUCUCUCACUGACUGGGCGGGUGGGGCCGGGGUACCGGAAGGGGGCGAGGGAAGAGGAACCUGGAGAGCAGGGACUCCGCUGACUGCGAGAAGGGGCGGGGCUACAAGGCGCGUCGCGGCGGGACUACAAUGGCGGGAAGGGGCGGGGUUACGAGGCGCGCCGGGGCCUGUCAGCCAGGGCGCCUACGAGCUCCUGGUGCUUCUGCUCGGCUCCGUGGGACUGCUGGGCGUCGGCAGCAGCCUGCUGGUGCUCGUCCUCUACCUCAAGUUCCCGCGACUCCGCAGCCCCGCCCGCCUCUUCCUGCUUCGCGUCGGCCUCGGCAACCUGCUACCCUCCGUCCUCCGGGCCGCGCUAGCUUUCGCGUUCCGCCCGAGGGGCGGCGUGGUGGGGGGCGCCACGAACUGCGUGUGGGACGGCUUCAGCAACAGCCUGUGGGGUAUUUUUUCCAUUAUCACCCUAACUACACUGGCCUGUGAACGUUAUAUUGGCAUGAUCCAUAACAGAGUGAUCAGUUUUUCCUGGGCCUGGAGGGCCAUUACGUACAUCUGGCUAUACUCACUGGUGAGGUCAGGGUCACCUCUCCUGGGCUGACACAGGUAUAUCCUGGAUGUGCAUGUACUAGGCUGUGCUGUGGAUUGGAAAUCCAAGGACACCAGCGACUCCUCCUUUGUGCUUUUCUUAUUUCUUGACUGCAUGGUGGUACCUGUGGGUGUCAUUGCUCAUUGCUAUGGCCAUAUUUUAUAUUCCAUUCAAAAGCUCCGUUUUGUUGAAGAUCUUCAGACAAUUCAAAUGUUCAAGAUUUUAAGAUAUGAAAAGAAACUGGCCAAAAUGUGGUUUUUCAUGAUAUUUGCCUUUCUGAUCUUUUGGAUGCCUUAUAUUGUGAUUUGUUUCUUGGUGUUUAAUGGUUAUGGACACCUGUUCACUCCUACAAUAAUAUCUACUGUUUGAUAUCUCUUUGCUAAAUCAAGCACUGUGUAUAAUCCAGUUAUCUAUAUCUUCAUGAUCAGAAAGUUUCAAAGAGCCCUUUUGCAGCUCCUAUGUUUCCGACUGCAGAGAUGCCAGUGACCAGCUAAAGAUCUACCAGCAGUUGGGAGUGAAAUGCAAAUCCAACUCAUUGUGAUGCCACAGAAAGAUAGGGACAGACCAAAGAAAAAACUGACUUUUAACUCUUCUUCCAUCAUUUUUGUCAUCACUAAUGAUGAAUCACUAUCAGUUGACGGUGAGAGAACCAGUGGGUCAUAGGUCGAUGUAAUCCAAGUUUGUCCUUUAUAGGAAAGAAUAAUGGUAAUGAAAGAUGGGACUUUAAAUCAGAUACCACAUUUAGACUACCAUUAAAAGAACUGUUUUGGGAUCCCCAUUCUAUGUAAUAUCAACAGAACUUUUGUGGUCCAACAGGAAAUCUGAAUUGCUCUCUGGCCUCAAGGAGUAACUGAGCAAGACAAAUUCUUUUAAUUCAACGGGUGCUUUGUAUAAUGAAAAACGACUUGCACAAGGUGGGCAUCAGGCACCAUCAACUUCUAACAUAUUGGAAGUUUUCACUUUAAAUAUAUAUUUUUAAAAGACUGUAUUUUCCAAGGCACAUAACACAUUUCUCAAAAAUACUUAGCUCUUAAAAUAACUUUGUCUCAUACACUUGUGUGAAAUAGCUAGAAAAUCUUUAAUUUUCUGUAGUGUUGGGUCCUAUUCAGUGUCAUGUCAAAUGUUUGCUCAAUCAAAUUUAUCAAAGAGACAAUUCUUAGGAUGAAAAAGAAAAUCAAUUCCUUAACUUUAUGUGAAACAAAAGACUAUUGCUCUAUGUAUAAUAUGAUAAAGAGGAGCUUCAGACCAAUAUGCUACUGAGCAAGCUCUAGAAGAUACCAUUAAAAAGAAACACAGGAAAGAAAAUAGAAUGUCAAGGUGGUCAAGGUUUAUUGGUAAUCAUACAUUAGCAGAUGAUGUACAUGGUGAAGCUGAUGUUAAUGGCAGAUAGGUAUCUCCAUUUAUUUCAUUUCAA